CAACACUACUAUAUAACAAAUAAUUUGAGUAGAGAUGACACGUACCACCACGUAUGACCAGUCCUACCCUAACCACAACCCUGAACCUCGGGUGAACUACUACGACUUCCCUUCACUUCAAUGGAGAAACUUCAGGACCAUCCGGAAGAAGCCUGCCCCACAUCGUGUGGUUGAGUUUGACAGACCUCCUGGUCUGGGUAUGGGCAGCAUGGUGUCUGACAACUGGUACCGCUUCCACCUCGGGCAUCUCACCAAACCAACUAUCUUCAAAGAGGGUAGCGAGAGUAUUCCAGCACCCAAGAAAGAGGAACUGAUCGACAUGGACGAUAUUCGGGACAUUGUUAAAACUAAAACUUUAGUUUCAACAAACAAGUCUUUCUAUAAGAGCUUACCCAUGGUGAAGACAGUGCCACCUAAUAUGGAGGGAGUUAAGAGACCCUUGGACCAGGUCUUCGUUCAUGAUCGUCCCGGAGAUCUCCCCCAACUUUCUAGAGUCCCUCGUUGUACAAGAGAGAGAAGGCUGCCAGGGUACGCUGGUUACAUUCCUCAGACUCCGGUGGUGAGGAGAAGUACACCCACUUUCUCUUAUGAUGCUACCACUGUCAACACAGUUCACAGACCGUUCCCAGCUGCCGCUCAUGAUCCAUCCCACUUUGUUAAAUCUGGGUCCCUUUCAAGACACGUCACUCUUACCUACCCCUUUAACCCCUUCAACAAAAUCUCUAACUAGAGACCAUGUCUCUAACUAGAGACCAACAGACCAUGUAUCUAAAUAAAAAUCGUGUCUCUAACUAUGCGUCUUUAAAUAGGAAUCGUGUCUUUUCUCAUGCUGAAAUUGUUUCUGAAAUAAUUGAAAAAGAAAACAGUAUACUCUAUCGUCUAUACGAGCAGAGUGAUAAGGAAAUGUUGUUUAUUUGAUGUAAUUAUUUUUGAGUGAAAAUAUUGUAAGUUUUUAGCAAGUUUUUGAGUUAAAUCCAAAAUAUUAAUAUUAUUUGAUACUACUAUUUGAAUUUUAGAAUUUUUUAUAUCAUGGUGUGUAAAGAGCUAAAGGUGAUGUAAAAACAUUUAUUAGGAGUAUUAUGAGUUUGUCUUGUAGAUAUGGUUCAUUGUUGAAUUGUUAAUGUUAAUUUGCGAGAUUGGAGAUUUUAGCAACAAAAUUUAACAA